GGGAGUGAGUAGUCGUUUUGUCUAUUGAAGACAUUCUAACUUGUAAUUGAGAGCAGAAUUCUAGCGUCGCCUACUUUAUGCCCAGGGUCACCAUGCAUCUACCUGCUUGCAACCUCACUGGGCCGAUCGAUGGCAGCUGCACUGCAAGAAUCAGAGACCAGAUCCGAUGUCGCACGCCGAUAUUUUCACCUUGGAUCUCUCCAGCGAGCAGGGGUAGUUCAGACAAGUCAAGCGACGAGAAAGGGAAGAGGGGCGGGCCAAGCGACGUCGAGAAGAAGAGGAACAGGCUAGCUCGCCAAGCGUGCGCGAGAGGCGAUGCGGCUCCAGAUCCUCAUAUCCUCAUGAACUCCCUGCAAGAGGAGCGGCAGCUGCUCUCGAGCUCGGCGACCGCAGUUCAUGCAAGUCGGCAAGGGAGAAUGGUCAAUCCCGCUGAAAUUGAGGCGAGCCGGCGUGAGUUGGAGAGGGACAUUGAAAACCUUAACACAUCUGUCACCUACUAACGAAGCGCUUCUGAGAGCAUGAGUCGUAUGUAUGCAAGCAUUGAUGCUGAAAUACGGCGACUGGCGCAGGAUAUCGAUGAUCUUACGAAUGGCAGGCGGCUUACCAGCCAUCACGAGAUGAAGUGAUGGGUGGUCUCCGGCCCUUAUUUGUGAGGAAGCCGGUCUUUAUGAUUCUGUCCCCGGUCUUUUCGUCAAACGCGAAAUAUUUCCUAACCCCUUGUGUCACCGGUCCCCGCAAAAGACAGCUCUUUCCAAGCACUCGCAAAUAUGCCGAUUAGUUUGCGGAACGGGGAGACAGAGGCCGCAUCCCGCCUCAGAAUGACGAGCCAGGCAGUGUGGACAGGGACAAAGAUUGCAGGACGGAGCACUCGUCAGGAUUUUUUGCUCCCUUCGAGAGCCACGUAGCUGACGAUGUGUUAGAGCUUAUGCCAGCGAAGUCUGC